CCUCUACCCGACAUGACAUGAUUUGGUUGAAGAGGUAAUAUGACUCGAGUACAAGACUGCACGGCUCCUACACAUAAAUGUAUCGUGCAGGAACACAGCAUACGUAUACAUGGUAGCAGUCGCCUCCCUCAAAGAACAUGGAGCCAGGCCCCGCCCUCUUUUACUUCCGGAUACACAACCGCAAAAUGGCCGCCGCGCCGAAUCCUUGACAUUUGGGAAUUUUGACAUCUUUCCAGCCCUGCCCCGCCUCUCCUCUCCUCUCCUCCAUCCUCCUCACCGACGGCCUGGAAACUGAAGGUCCGGUCCACAAGGUGUCUGCCCCGUUACCGCCGUCCAGAGCCUGGAGAACAAGGUUGAAAUCUGUACCCAGAAGUUGGUUGCCCUUAUGCAUUUUAUGUGGCCAUUUGCUGACUGCACUUCAUUAGAACAUCAGACUGUGGGCGUGUACAUUAUUCUGGAUUUCUUCUAACUACAGUCUAUUUGACAUUGCCAUGUUUCGACGUCAGGAUCUGCCUGGAGUGCAUGUACGUGAAUCAUUUACCCACCCUGGUUUUUGCGAUCCAUUUUUUCUGGAUGAACAAAAUAUCAAGAAAAUGAUGCGUCCUGUCACAAAUAACAGUGUGGCUUUUUGUGGAAGUGGCAAGUCUUCCUGCCUUGGUCAAGACAGCAUGAGAAGUGUGGAGCAAUUUGGCUUGUACGCCACUCAGCCAAGUAAAUACAGCCAUACCGUUAGCCACAAGAACAUCUCCUGUCAGACACAGGAAACCAUCAAUGAGGCACAUUUGCAGACCACAAGCAGCAGGGACCUGGACACAAAAAGUGAUUUAAAGAAAAAGAAGACCCUUGGCAGAUCUGGCAAACGUGGGAGGCCAUCUGGUACCACCAAAUUGGCCGGUUACAGAACCAGCACUGGCAGACCUCUGGGAACCACCAAAGCUGCUGGCUUUAAAACAAGUCCUGGCAGACCAUUGGGCACAACCAAAGCUGCUGGAUACAAAGUCAGCCCAGGAAGACCUCCAGGUAGCAUAAAAGCUCUAUCACGGCUUGCAAAUCUAGGUUACACAAGCAACAAUGCAGCUUUUCCUUACCCCACAGCACUUAGCAGGGGCCUCCAUUCUGUUGUGGAUACAGACGUCAAACAUCCUGUCGAGUAGAUGGACGUCACAGUUUUAUGAAAAAAGCAGCAAGCCUUCAUGUGUGCCAGCGAUGCAUAGGACACAAUGGUCUGGACAGUUGUUCAUGUGUACAAUUUGGACCUUUAUCACGUCACAUGCAACUAAGGAAAUGUCCUUUCCAACCUCACAUGCUGAUCAUACUUCCUAGUAGUUAUGCUCAACUGGAUGUCUACUCUUUGUUUUGUCACCUUCUGGGAGCUGAAUGGAUUGAAAGCAUUGCAAUAUAUUUCCACUGACAGAAAAUCUGUUGUUCUCCUCAUAUAUCUAAAAAAAAUUUUUUUGUAAUACAACACAUCCACCUUGGUGUUGUGUAAUUUCCAUGAGCAACCUAAGUUGUGAGCAUUAUUUAUGAUAUGUAUAUGUUAUGGGGUAUAGGAGGAUGGUUAAUGUGCCUUCUAUGAAGCCAGAUUUUAUCACAAAUUACAUAUUUCACAAGAAUAUGUGAAAACUCUAUUGAAAUUCUAAUGUAUUUAUCCCAGCGCUUAAUUUUUACACUUGGUGGCUCUAGUUUUUCAGAUGUUUUAAAGUGGAGCUGUUGUCUCUCAUCACAUAUCAGUUUGAGUAAAUACUUAAAUUCCCCAUAUUAAAAACAUUCUAGAAUUUUUUUUCUUAGAACUCUGUAUUGUUACAUAUUUCUCUUCUUCCUCCUGGAAAUGUUUAAGAAGUUUGACAUAGGACUAGUGACCACAGUUCACACUGCGCGAUUUCAGCGGCGGACAAUUCCGCCACUGAAAAUGUUAAUUCUUUGCACGGAUUCCGCGAGCACUGCAUAGCCGUCAAUCAGUGCCCCGCGGACCUAGCGCCAAAGUAUCUUUUGGCGGCAGCCGCCAGACGGAAUCUCUGCUCGCUGAAUUCAGGGGACCCCCCCGCGCAAUCACCAGUAGGGGACCCGGCAUUACCCGUGUACAGCACUCUGCCAUCAUCGGCGCUCUCAUAGAAAUGAAAUAAAUUAUUUUGCCGUAGUUCGUUUUUUUUUUUUUUUUUUUUUAACAAUCUGGUGUAGCAGUCACAAAUCAGAGUACCAUCUGGACCCAUUCCCUUUUUUAUUUGUAGUUGUGCAAAUUCACCUAAAUAUUAGCAUCAACUAGCGGUAAGGCUAAUCUGCAAAUAUUGAACAAAAGUAGAUAUUCAAGUGGACCUUACCUCCAUGAAUAUUAUUAUUUACCAUAUUACUGCUUUUUAUAAUUUUUCAGUUUUAUUUUCCUGUCACUAAUAUACUUAGAGGUUUUUAUUCUAAUAUUCAACCUCUUUUGCAUUGUCACAUACACGUUAAAGUUCUGUUUCCUGCAUCACUGUAUACUUGUACAUGAUGAUGAGGGUGCGUCAUCAACUCAGAAGUGGCUGUGAUUGACAGCUGCCUUCCAAUGCUAACAGCUGGAAAAAAUAAAAAUACUGUAGUUCUAUAAAAAUGUGUGCCAAUCAACAUGAAUGUUGUAUAUUACAUUAAUUAAACCUGUGGCAUCCUUUUAAAGGAUACCUAAGGAUAGGGGAUAAGUGUUAGAUCGCGGGUGGUCCAACUGCUGGGGCCCCCGCGAUUUCCCGAACGGCGUUGCGGCUCCCUGCACGGAACGAGCAUUUUUGAACACCACAGGAAGUGGCGGCCGACACUCCCCCUCCAUGCAUCUCUAUGGGAGAGCCGGAGCGCUGCUUUUGGCAAUCUCUGGCUCUGCCAUAGAACUGCAUGGAGGGGCGGCCGCAGCUUCGUGCUGUGGUCAAAAACGCUUGUUCCAUGCAGGGAGCCGGGGGGGCCAUUCGGGAGAUCGCGGGGGGCCCCAGCGGUUGGACUCCCUCUGAUUUGACACUUAUCCCCUAUCCUUAGGAUAGAGGAUAGGUUGUUACAUCCUGGAGGCAUCUUUUAAUUAAGAUCUUAUCAUUAUGUAUUUAGCAGAACUCUGAAAUAUGUUAUACCAGAGAAAUUGAGUUCACACGCUGCUUACCGGUAAAAAUUAUGGUGUAUUAGUCAAUUAAAACAUGAUUACAACAAUACUAUAUGCAUGAUUAAAGUUCCAAAAUGACAAUAUCCAAAAUUAAAAAGUGCACAGAGAAGAAAGUGCAAAUGACUGUUAUAAAUAUCCUUAUGCUGUAUCACAAUAGGUGAGGCACUAUUGAACUCUAUUUACUCUUGGACAUAUAUAUAUUUAUUGAGUAGAGCAUAUAUUUCCUCAUACUGAGGUCCCCCAUUCACCAAUCAACUGGUGUCAGAAAGUUAAACAGAUUUGUAAAUGACUUCUAUAAAAAAAAAUCUUAAUCCUUUUAGUACUUAUCAGAUGCUAUAUACUACGGAGGAAGUUAUUUAUUUUUUUUGAAUGUCCUUUCUCUCUGACCACAGUGGUCUCUGCUGACACCUCUGUCCAUGUCAGGAACUGUCCAGAGCAGGAUAGGUUUGCUAUGGGGAUUUGCUUCUACUCUGUAAAGUUCCUGACAUGGACAGAGGUGUCAGCAGAGAGCAGUGUGGACAGACAGAAAGAAAAUAACUUCCUCUGUAGUAUACAGCA